AUGGCACUUGCGAACGGGUUAGCAUUGCGAAGGGCCACCAGGUUGCUGGGUUUCCUUGUCUCGCUGUUGUUUCUUGUGCUGAUUAACUACGCUCACUUCGGGAUCUUGCUUCGCCACUUCUGGCCUGAAAAACCUCCCGUUAGUAGAGAGACAUGCACCUGCGAGUGCUGGGACACCAUCUUCAAAGGAACGUACGAAACGGGCGUCGGGCGAUACAAGCACAUGUACUUCAACGUCACGCCGCAAUCGCUGAAGAUCUGGACACUGACGGUCGCCGCCGUGCUGCUGACGUACGAGUGCGUCACUUACGUCGUCCGCGUCGCUCUCAGAAGCAAGUUCCGACCGUCUAUGUUCAUCCUCCUGAUAUCCGUGAUUCACUCCCACUACUACUCGUGGUGGGUUUUCUUUGGGUACUAUAACGAUGAUUUUUACGCACAGUGGUGGCAUCAGCUGGUGUUCACGAGCUCAGAGCUGGUCUCCACGGUACUGGUGCUGCUACAGCUGGACCAGGCGGUGCCUCUGUCCCCUCGCCUGCUCCUGGCUACCGCCGGCAUCGCCGCGUUUCACAUCCUGGCAGCCGGGAAGGACCAGUUCGUCCAGAACGUGCUGUUGAGGAGGGGGGAGUUCCACCAGAUGUACCGGGACAGCGCGCUGAUGGUGUCGGAUGUGGUGUACCUGGUCGUGACGUCAGCAGAACUGGUCAGGUUGUUGUGGUGCAGCGGGGAGAGACGGUCCAGGGAUGACGUCAUGGCGCUAGGGCGGGACGGACUGGUCUCUGCUGUCGUCAUUUUCGGACUCCUGGCGAUGUUGUCUUACCUAUGAUUCACCCGCACUAACUUUCAGGGACUUUUUACUCAAAUACAGGAUAGAAGUUAUAAACUUUGAA